UUUUUUUGUUAAUGAUCACGUUUCUUAGCCAUGUGAGUGAGGGCUAUAAGGAGCACAGUCAACGACUGAAACACAAGCAGUUCCAUUAUGGUCAACAGCAAAUUCAGUCAACUUCGCAGCUACAACUGUUGGAUGAUGGUGAUGAUGAUCCAGGCAAUUGUUGUACUCUGUCUGCUGGCGGGCAGUCAGGCAACGGACUAUUGUGAUCCCGAGCUCUGUGACGCCGGCGAGGAACACAUCGGUUGCGACAACGAUGGGGACUGGGGGGACGAUUGUCCGGCGGAUGCCGAGUUGAUCGAACUGGAUAGGGACGCGCAGAUUGUUCUUAGGGACGCACACAAUGAUGUGCGCCAAGAAUGGGCCAGCGGGAAUGGCUUGUUGCCAGUGAAAGCGUGCCGCAUGGCAACUAUGAGAUGGAUUCCCGAGCUCGCCGAAGUGGCCGAGUUUAAUGUGAGGCAGUGCAUAUUGAAGCACGAUGAAUGCCGUAACACCGAGGAAUUCAAGAACUCCGGACAGAAUCUCUAUAUGUCUGGGUACUCGGGAAUGGAUCCACCGGAUCUGCAUGACGUUCUGCGUGAAGUUGUCCAGGAAUGGGCCAAUGAGGGGCAGUAUGUCACCGAAGAGCAGUUGGCAGAGUAUCCCGAAAACUAUGACGGACCCGUUAUUGGCCAUUUUACGGCGGUUGUCCAGGAGCGCUCUAUCGGCCUCGGCUGUGCCAUGUCCUCGUUUGAGCAAGAUGAUUUCCACAUGUACAUAGUAGCCUGCAACUAUGCCACCACCAACUUUUAUGGCCGGCCCGUCUAUACGGCCUGUGAGGAAGCGGCGGAAGAAUGUAAGCGUGGACAAAAUGUUGAUCAUCCGGCUCUGUGCACCGCCUUCGAAGAUGUGGACUACAACUAUGAACAUUCUUAAUCUCUAGCAUUUCCUAAUACUUGCAUCUAAUUCAUGCAAGGGUGUAAUAAAGAUGAGCAUAUAAAAUCAA